GCUGUAUUUGAACCAGUGAAAUGUUAUUUCGACUUUCGCCCUCAUGACGCCCCUCUCUCUUGGUCAGUACAGCGCUUCCUAUAGAAAAAUUUAGAAAUAGUGAUAUAGACUUUCCAUGAUUGUACUGUAGAGAGUUCUGAGAGCUUCCUUUUCCGGCCAAGGUGUUGAAUGUUGUGGGAGUCGUGGAUCAUCUGUAGUGUGAUAAAAUAAAUCG